AUUCUACUGUUUGUCACUGUUGUUAUCUGUCCAGUAUCUACAUUCAACAUCUUCUUCCUUUCUUUAGGAGGAAGUGUUUGCAGGAACUCUGCCAGUGAUAACUUCAUGUGUGGACGGAUAUAACGUCUGUAUACUGGCCUAUGGACAAACCGGCUCAGGAAAGACGUACACUAUGAUGGGCAGCAAGGAAAACCCCGGAGUCAACAUCAGGUCAAUACGAGAACUGCUACGCAUCUGUGGAGAAAAAGAGAAGGUCUCCUACACCCUGAAGAUUUCAAUGUUGGAGAUUUACAACGACAGUUUGAACGACCUUUUGACCAAAAGCACCGGCGCUGCUCUGGACAUCAGAGUCCAGGGGAAGUCAGUGUCUGUCCCAGGACUGACCCAGAUCCAGGUCCAGACCGAGGUCGACAUCCUCAACGUCAUGGAGACGGGUGAAAAGAACAGAAAGAUCGCCUCGACCAAGAUGAACACACAGAGUUCUCGGUCUCACCUGGUGGUGGCGCUGGAGGUGGAGGGCUCAGACGAGGUGUCGGGACUGACGUCUCGUGGCACGCUGACCUUGUGUGAUCUCGCUGGAUCUGAGCGGAUCUCUAAGACCGAAGCUGAGGGUCAGAGGCUGGUGGAGGCAGCCACCAUCAAUAAAUCCCUGACAGCACUGGGACAGGUGUUCAGUGCUCUGAAGUGUAACGCCCUCCACGUCCCGUUCAGGAACUCUAAACUCACCCACCUCCUGCAGCCCUGCCUGAGCGACGACGCGAAGUGCUGUGUGUUUGUGAACGUGAGUCCAGACGUUAACGACAUGGUGGAAACGCUGAGCACGCUGCAGUUCGGUUCCUCUAUACGGCAGGUUUCACUUGGAAAAGCAACGAAGAACAUCGUACCGGCUAAAAACAACAAGACCGUCAAGUAGAAAGAGACGAUGAACUGAAGCUGGACCACAUUUAUUUAACAGAAACAGCUGGAAGAUGUCUUCAUCUGCACUGCAGCUGUCAGUUCAGUACUGGUUAUAGUUUAUGAAUGAACAAAAUAAAACAUUUUUCUAUAUGUAACUAAAACGUUGGUUAACAGCGCCACCAGUGGCUGUUACGUUAACAUUACAUCCUGUUCCCUCAUUGGCAAUAAAAAGUGAUUAAUACAUAAAAAUAA